AUGAGUCGACAAUUUAGCUCUAGGUCCGGGUACCGAUGUGGAGGAGGGGGCUUCAGCUCUGGCUCUGCUGGAGCUGUCAGCCAUCAGCGCCGGACCACCAGCUGCACUAUGCGCCGUAGUGGAGGAGGAGGUGGUGGGAGAAUGUUAGGUGGAGGAUGUGGUGGUGGUGGUGGUGGUAGUGGUUUUGGAAGCCGGAGUCUUGUUAGUCUUGGUGGCAGUAAAAGCAUCUCCAUAAGUGUGGCCAGAGGAGGUGGCCACGGUGGCUUUGGGGGAGGUAGCUUUGGCGGUGGUGGCUUUGGAGGUGGUUUUCGCAGUGGGGGAGGUUUUGGUGGUGGUGGUUUUGGCAGUGGAGGUGGCUUUGGUGGAGGUGGUUUUGGAGGUGGUGGCUUUGGAGGCGGUGGUUUUGGGGGUGGAUUUGGGCCAGUGUGCCCUCCUGGUGGCAUCCAAGAAGUCACCAUCAACCAGAGCCUUCUGCAACCCCUCAACGUGGAGAUUGACCCUGAGAUCCAAAAAGUCAAAUCUCAAGAAAGGGAGCAAAUCAAGACACUCAACAACCAGUUUGCCUCCUUCAUUGACAAGGUGCGCUUCCUGGAACAGCAGAACCAGGUGCUGCAGACCAAAUGGGAGCUGCUGCAGCAGGUGGAUACCUCCACCAAGACCCAGAGCUUAGAACCCUGCUUUGAGUCAUACAUCAGCAUGCUGAGAAAGAAGGUGGACCAGCUGAAGGGCGACCAGUCUCGGAUGGACUCCGAACUAAAGAAUAUGCAAGAUAUGGUGGAAGAUUACAGGAACAAGUAUGAAGAGGAGAUCAACAAGAGGACAAAUGCAGAGAAUGAAUUUGUGACCAUCAAGAAGGAUGUGGAUUCUGCUUAUAUGACAAAGGUGGACCUUCAGGCCAAAGUUGACAACCUUCAGCAGGAAAUCGAGUUUCUCACAGCACUCUAUCAAAUGGAGCUGUCUCAGAUGCAGACUAAUAUCAGUGAAACUAAUGUCAUCCUGUCCAUGGACAACAAUCGGUCCCUGGAUCUGGACAGCAUCAUUGCUGAGGUCAAGAGUCAGUAUGAAGAGAUUGCACAGAGAAGCAAAGUUGAGGCUGAAGCCUUGUACCAGACCAAGUAUGAAGAGCUCCAGAUUACCGCUGACAAACACGGGGACAAUUUGAAAACCUCAAAGAUGGAGAUUUCUGAGCUGAAUCGCAUGAUCCAGAGAAUCAGAGCUGAAAUUGAGAGUGUCAAGAAGCAGAACUCUGGGCUGCAACAGUCCAUCAGUGAUGCAGAGCAGCGAGGUGAGAACGCCCUGAAAGAUGCCCAGGGCAAACUGAAUGAGCUGGAGGAUGCCCUGAACCAAGCCAAGGAGGACCUGGCCCGGCUGCUGCGUGACUACCAGGAGCUGAUGAGCACCAAGCUGUCCCUGGAUAUGGAGAUUGCCACCUACAGGACCCUCUUGGAAGGAGAGGAAAGCCGGAUGUCGGGAGAGUGCACCCCCAACGUGAGUGUGUCGGUGAGCACCAGCCACAGCAGCAUCAGCGGCGGCCGCAGCGGCGGCGGCGGCAGCUACGGCUCCGGCGGCGGCGGCGGCGGCGGGUACCGAACCGGCGGCAGCGGCGGCGGCGGCGGCGGCAGCGGCGGGUACCGCACCGGCGGCAGCGGCGGCGGCAGCUACGGGUCCGGCGGCGGCAGCGGCGGCGGCAGCGGGGGCCAGAGAGGCGGGUCGGGAGGCGGCGCCGGCGCCGGCGGCGGCAGCAGCUCCGGGGGCGGCCGGGGUUCGGGCGGUGGCAGCUCUGGGGGCAGCUUUGGCUCUUCUGGCGGCCGGGAGUCCGGCUCUGGGGGCAGCAAGACCACCAGUGGCAGUUCCAGCGUGAAGUUUGUGUCCACUAGCUACUCCCGAGGGCCCAGAUAGAGCCUC